ACUGAAACGAGCUUGAAAAAUGAAAAUAUCGUAAAUAUGUCAAACUUAACACAGUAGAAAAUGUAUUGAUUACUCAUUUUAAAAUAAGCUUAACUAAACCUUUUUUGAGUAUAAAUGAUCCUCUAACGACGUUUUUUUCUUGAAAUAUUAAAUCUAUUUCAUUUUAAUUCUUAUAAAACUCAAAUUUACUCCAGUUAAAUAUUAAAAAUAUGGAAGAUUUAACAUUAUCUAUAAGCCAAUAUGAAGAUCAGCUCAGUGUGGUCAAACAAGCACUACAAGCGACUCAAGAGAUCGGUGAACGCGAAUCUUUACUGGCUUUACAAUCAGAAUUACAAGAACUUAUUAACCUGACACGAGAAAGUUUAGAUGUUCAAAAUAAUAGAGAGGAUGACCGUAAUCCUGGAAAUGAUGCUACCAAUACAAAUGGACUGGAUGAUGAAUACGCUUUAUUUAUGAAAGAAAUGGCUGAAACUGGAGCUUACGAAGAGAAUAAAGAUUCACAGGAUAAGCCUGAAAACAGUGCUCAAAAUGAAAGUGCUGACAGUAAUAGUGAUAUAGAGGAUGAAUUGUCUUCUCUCCUUGGAAUGAAAUGUGCUGUUUAUCACACACAUACAUGGGGUGGGAAACCCAGUCUGCAUAAUGCAAUGGUGAGCUCCGUAGUUCCUCGGCAAGAUGAUGAUCAAUUUAAUGACCUUCAGGUAAAGGUAUUGUUCACACACCCCACACAUGCAGAAAUGUUGCCUUGUCCUUUCUACUUAAAUGGUGACUGCAAGUUCAGUGAUGAUCAAUGUAGAUAUUCUCAUGGUGCUGUAGUAAAAUUGUCAGAUUUAAAAGAGGCUAUAGAACCUAAUUAUAAUAGUGUUAAAAUAGGUAGCAGAAUUCUAUUAAAGUUGAAACCACCAGAUGAUGAGGACAUGAGUACAGCAAAAAAAUCAACAGAGAAAUACCAUUUAUGGCAUAUAGCAAUAGUCAAAGGUGUAGAUAUAGAGAAAAAAUCUUGUGUAGUGAAAUUGGAACAUGGUGUGAAAACAGGAGAGAAGAGAAAAACAAUGUCAGAUGAGCAUCAUGUAAUGUUUGAAGAAAUAUUUCCACUUAGUAUUGAUGGUGAUGAAGACACAGAUUCAGAUGAUAGUUUGAGUGAUACUGAGUAUCCGGAGAGCAAGACAAUGCGAGUUGAUUGUGAUAAUAAAGCUUUAAUAAUAGAAAAGAGCUUACAGAACAACGCUCCUGCGAUGGGCGGUUGGGAGCAAUAUACUAGAGGGAUGGGGUCCAAGAUUAUGUUGUCGAUGGGCUAUGUUCCGGGCACUGGUCUGGGAGCUGCCAGCGAUGGUCGCCUGCAGCCUGUCGAAGCUCGAUCGGUCCAGCCCGGCCGAAGUCUCGACCAUUGUAUGGAGUUGUCUGAGAAGAAUGCUGGAAAAGACCCACUAAAGGUAGAGCAAAAAUUGAAAAAGUUACAAAAGAGAGAAGAGGAACGCAAUAAGCGAGCUUAUGAGAGAGAAAAAGAAAGGGAGAAAAGAAAUGUUUUUAAUUUCCUAAACAAUACUCUGGGAGACAAGCCAGAGAAGACAGAACAAUUAAUAACAGCGACAUCCGUUGAAAUCAAACAAUCUACAAGUAAAGAUUUAAAUAUAGAAAAGUUUAAGUUGGAAGAAGAUUGUAGGAAGAUAGAAAACGAAAUUUUAAAGUUACAAAGUACUUUACCAAAAUAUCCUCAAGGCACCAGUGGCCACAGAAGCAUAAGUAUACAAAUAGCUGAAAAAAACAAGGAGUUAAAUCUAAUGCGGAACAAAGAAAAACAAAUUGUAAAAGAACAGAAGCAAAGAAAGGACGCGCAAAAAAUGACAGUUUUUUAACAAUUGUGUAUUAACUAUGAAUA